AGCGUUUGCACUGUCCAACCACAGCUCCAUCAAACCAUCCUGCAGCCUUUGCGCCACAUCAAUCGCCGCGUCUUCAUGUCUGCUGCCUCCCGACCUACCUUGCGCAUCCGAGGCGCAGACGACAUGCAUCAUCACUUGCGUGACGGCGCCGCCUUGGGGCUCACGGUGCCCCAAGCAUCUGCUCAGUUCCGCCGAGUCAUUGUGAUGCCGAAUCUCGUGCCGCCGGUCACCACCGCGGCAUUGGCCAUCGCUUAUCGUGAACGUAUCCUCCAGCACGUACCUGUAGGCCGCGCCUUCGAGCCAUUGAUGACGUUGUACAUGACCGACGGCACGACUCCUGCGAUCAUCCGCGAGGCGAAGGCGUCUGGUGUCGUGUUUGCCGUCAAGUACUACCCCGCGGGUGCCACGACGAACUCGGACUCCGGCGUGACCAAGAUCGAGAACAUCUACCCCGUGCUGGAGACCAUGGCGGAGAUUGGCAUGCCCCUGCUCGUGCACGGCGAAGUGACCGACCAAGCCGUAGACAUCUUCGAUCGCGAAGCCGAGUUCAUCCGCACGGUGCUCGUCCCUUUGAUCGCUCGGUUUCCGACGCUAAAGCUGGUCAUGGAGCACAUCACGACCGCCGACGCCGUCGCGUUUGUCGCCCAAGCGCCGGCCAACGUCGCGGCCACGAUCACGUGCCACCAUCUCCUGUACAACCGCAACGCCAUUUUCCAAGGUGGCCUGCGACCGCACAAGUAUUGCCUCCCGGUGCUCAAGCGCGAAACCCAUCGGUUGGCACUGCUGGAUGCUGUCAAGAGCGGCAACCCCAAGUUCUUUCUCGGAACCGACAGCGCGCCGCAUAUUGUAGACAAGAAACAUUCUGGCUGCGGUUGUGCUGGGAUCCACACGGCGCACGCAGCGUUGGAACUGUACGCGGAAGCGUUCGAGUCGAUUGGGAGCCUCGACAAAUUCGAGGCGUUUUGCAGUGUGUAUGGCGCCACCUUUUACGGGCUUCCUCUGAACGAAGGCCCGUCGGUGGAACUGGUGCCUAAGACGUGGACUGUGCCAGCUUCGUACCCGUUCGAAUCGAGCCAAGUCGUGCCGCUGCGUGCGGGAGAGUCGAUUGCGUGGAAAAGAUUGGAUGCAUAAACAACGAGUUACUGUAGCACGAUUGGUUUUAUCACCGGGGUUGAAUAAAAAAUAAAUACUACGGUA